UCAAAACCCAUUGGAGGAAAAAGCCAGAGGUGCCGCUCCUCUGACCUUUUCCUCCAAUGGGUUUUGAGGAGGCGAGGAGAGAGGACGCGAGGAGGAGACAAUUGAUAUUCUUUUCGUGUCAAACUCAGCCAGUGGUGAAGCCCUACUUUGCAUCCUCCUCUUUGGCUAAAAACCCUUUUAAACCCCGAACUCCAUAAGUGAAGUCAUCACGUCCUCUCACUACCUGACUCUCGACGGACGCUGCUUCAAUUGCCUGCCUCUUUGGACCAAAAAGGGAUAUAACCGAUCUUUAAAAUAUAUGCAAAAGCGUCGUGGAUCAUGUCGUCUGUGAUGCAGAAGUUGAUCACCCCCAUGGCCAGCGGCCCUGCUGAGCCCCCCAGGAACAAGGUGACCGUGGUGGGGGUGGGCAUGGUGGGCAUGGCCUGUGCCGUCAGCAUCCUCCUCAGGGACUUGGCUGAUGAGCUGGCUCUGGUUGACGUGAUGGAGGAUAAGCUGAAGGGAGAGAUGAUGGACCUGCAGCACGGCAGCCUCUUCCUAAAGACAUCUAAGAUAGUCGCUGACAAAGACUAUGCCGUGACUGCAAACUCCCGCAUCGUGGUUGUGACCGCUGGCGUGCGUCAGCAGGAGGGAGAGAGCAGGCUCAACCUGGUCCAGAGGAACGUCAACAUCUUCAAACACAUCAUCCCCCAGAUCGUCAAACACUCCCCCAACUGCACCCUUAUCGUGGUGUCCAACCCAGUGGAUGUGCUGACCUAUGUGACAUGGAAGUUGAGCGGCCUGCCCAAACACCGUGUCAUCGGCAGCGGCACCAACCUGGACUCCGCCCGCUUCCGUUUUCUGAUGGCUGAGCGCCUGGGCAUCCAUGCCACCAGCUUCAACGGAUGGGUGCUGGGAGAACACGGCGAUACCAGCGUCCCUGUGUGGAGCGGUGUCAGCGUAGCUGGAGUCAACCUGCAGAAGCUGAACCCAGAGUUUGGCCUUGACGGAGACAAGGAGGACUGGAAGGCCACCCAUAAGGAAGUGGUCGACAGUGCCUAUGAGGUGAUCAAGCUGAAGGGGUAUACCAACUGGGCCAUCGGCCUGAGUGUGGCUGAUCUCACUGAGAGCAUCAUCAAGAACAUGAGCAGGAUCCACCCCGUCUCCACCAUGGUCAAGGACAUGUAUGGAAUUGGCGAGGAGGUGUUCCUGUCCCUGCCAUGUGUGCUGAACAGCAAUGGAGUGGGCAGCGUGAUCAACAUGACCCUGACCGACGCUGAGGUGGGCCAGCUGAAGAAAAGUGCAGACACACUCUGGGGCAUCCAGAAGGACCUCAAGGACGUCUAGAGACACACAUCUACCCUUCCUCCCUCCGUUCCCGAUGCAGUCAAUCCUAGACCCAGUUUCACCCGUCCUCCGAUCUACUGUAUCCAUCUCCCUUUCAUCUUAAUCUACUGGUAUACAUUCUUCCUUUACCCCCCCUAUCCUUUUGUAGGAUGAGGUUACUGUGUUUCUGUGCUAGGUACUGUGUGAACCAGUAUGACUAUGUACCCUCAUUGGAUUCGUGUUGAAGCUAUUGUACUACGAUCAAAAAGUGUUGGCUUUAUCCUCCAUUUGCACUUUCUUGAAGCACUGUUCUGUUCACUUCCUGUCAGGAGCGCAGAAACAAAGACCCUAUAACUGGGUCUCCUCCUGUCGGGGAACAGUGGUGUUGGUUAUUGUGCGAGAUGUUCAGUCUGACAUUGAUUGCCAGAAAGAAACAAAGGGGGGGGAAGAGGGCAGAAGUGGAAUCAAUCGAAACGGCCUGCUUUAGUAAUUUUUUUUUUAUUUUUUACUUACUGUAACACCCAUGUUUGUGUAAUGAAUGACGACAACCAAUGAGUAAUUUAAUAAACACUUUAACCUUA